AUGAUAGAAUUUAAGUAUCUAGCCACAAGAAGUGGUAAGUCAUUGGUGCUAACAAUAGACAAUAAAAGAUAUCUAUUCAAUCUCUUUGAAGGGUUUCAGAGAUACUGUAUAGAAUCCAGCGUCAGUAUCAGCAAGAUCUCAACAAUCUUUGUUUCAUCAGAAGAAUCCGUUCCUCCUCUGAUAGGAAUGUAUCUAACUUUGAGAGAUGUAAAAAAGAAAGCUCUAGAUAUUGUGUGCAGCCCAAGGAUACAAGAGAUGAUAAUCCUAGCGAAGAGAUUUGCAGACCCAAUGAGCCUAAGAAUUAACUAUAUGAGAGAUUAUGCAGAUGAGUUUAUUAGAGUAGAAGCCAUUGAGAGCAUGCCCUCUAUAGAAGCUGAUGGAAAAAAAGAGUUCUCCUUCAUUCUGAAGAUCAAACCGAUCAGAGGAAGAUUCCUUGUAGAGAAGGUUCCUGAAGACAUCCCAAAGCACUUAUACUCCAGGCUCACAAAAAGAGAGAGUAUAGAAUACAAUGGAAAAGUAUAUGAUGGGAGAGAGUAUAUGGAAGACGAUGUAGACAUUGGCACUAUUGCUAUUGUUUAUUCUUCUGGAAACUUUGAAAGACUUUUGGAAAGAAUAAGAGAGGAGGCACCCAAGUAUUUCUUUUGCUUUCAAAGGGAUGUUGCACAGCAUCUAUCCUCUGUCUUUGAUGGACAUUUCUUUUUCUUGGAAGACAACCAUUUUGUUGAAUAUCUGUCCUUAUAUAACAUUCAGCUAGAAUUAAGCUCAAUACACAAGGACUUUCUAUUACCGCUUCCUAGCGAGAACCUUACUUAUCCUUUGAAGCUCAUAGAGAGUAUUCAGAGCUGCGGAACUCUUAUAUAUACUAAGAGCACAAAGUGCUUCUCUCACCUCCCCUCAUCCCAGAAGGAGCAUACUUCAUGUAGCAGAGAGCACAAGGAAAAGGCCAUACUGUUUCUUGGAACAGGAUGUGCUAUCCCAUCUAAGUACAGGAAUGUAUCGUCAAUACUCUAUGAAUCCCAUGAUGCUGCCAUUAUGCUUGACUGUGGAGAAGAUACUUUAUUCCAAAUUCAUAGGGCCUAUGGAGGAUUUAAUGUUCUGAAAAAGCUCAAGGCGAUUUUCGUAUCACAUUCUCAUGCAGAUCAUGUGCUGGGAAUUACAUCUGCAUUGAAGAAGAUAAGUCAUAAAAUAAAGAUCUUUGCUCCGGCUGCUAUAAAGCCAUUUGUCAAAAGCUUCGAUAUUGGAAAUCAUGAAUAUAUAGAAACAAACCAUGCAAAGGCAAUGGAAAGAAAGUUCCAAGACAUAUGGAAGCUAUCCCAAAGGUCUCCUCUGUGCACGGUUGAUGUGGAAGAUCACAUUCUGAAGUUUGAUGUUGGGUUUGAGGUGGGGAUUUGCGGUGUGGACCAUUGCUCCGAUUCUUGUGGAAUUAGAGUGAAGGAUGGAGACACAAUCAUAACGUACUCUGGAGAUGCGAGGCCUUCCAUACUCUUUGGGAUGAUGUCUCUUGAUUCGGAUGUUAUGAUACACGAGGCUACAUUUGCCCUCGAUCAAGAGGAAAGGGCCAUGCACACAGGCCAUUCAACAAUAGAUGGAGCACUUAAAGUCUUCAAAGCAUCUAAAUCAAAGGUUUUGCUCCUUACCCAUUUCAGUCAGAGAUACUCGAAGGGAAUUAUAUCUGACGGACAAUGGAUCCCAUGCAUAGAUUUAUUUAGAUAUACAAUUGGGUCAACUCUAUAUCCUACAGACGAGAUCAAUGCCUACUAUGACAAGCUUAAGUUGGCUGAGAAUAGGUGA